UCAUCAUCCUCACUUUCACAGAGAACUCUCUCUCACUUCACCUUCAGACUGUACUUCCAGAAAUUGCUGUGUCUCUGCCUCUGUCUCUGUCUGUGUCUCCCUCUCUCCACUCCUUAAAUAACCCUUACUCCAUCCUAGCACUUUCUCAAACCAAAAAAAAUCUAGGGUUUCAAUUCCACUACCUCUCUCAUUCAGCUCAAUUUCACAGACAUUCUUAAUUAUGUUUGUGUUUGUAUUUUGAAUGAGUUGCUGAAAUGGAUCCUCCGAUAAUCAACGAGGCUUCGUUCUCGGCAGCAAACCCUUCGUCGUACAGUUUAGCUGAGAUUUGGCCGUUUCCGAUCAAUGGCGAGCUGAGCCGUGGAGGAGGAGGGUUAGGGUUGAGGAUGUGUAACUUCGGCGCAUUCGCAGAGGCCAACUCGAACCGUGACGUCUCCGUUGACGAAUCGACGGUUACGGAGCAGAGCGGCGGCGGGAGGAAGCGGAGGGAUGCGAAUUCGGAGGAGGAUGAGUCAUCGAAGCUCGUGUCCACCAGUAGUGCCAAGGAUUUGCUAGGGGCAGCAACAUUUGACUCGACUGGAAUGCUUUUGGGAUCACAAGCAACAAGGGAAUAUAUGCAAGGAUCGCAACCUGAAUGGCUUCACAUGCAGGUUGGUAGUAGCUUUGACAGAGAAACGUGAUAUGAAAACUAGGGAAUCAAGCAGCAUAUUAGUCAUCCAUUUCACUCAUCAUCUUUAAUCAAAGAUGAGUUUUAUUAAUGGUUUCCACAUCAUAGUGCAGUGAGUUUUUUCUCUACCUAUGACACAUUCUUAAAUUUGUAAUCAGAAGAAAUACCAUAUUUUGUGUAGAAAAUUGCUGUCUUCAUUCUGUAUCAUCUAACUUAUUAAUUUACUGUAAUUCAUUGUAUUGGUUCUGAACAGUUUGUUAGGGUGAUUGUACUACUUGAAAUUUAUAUAAUCAGAGGACUGUUUCCUAA